AUGUCCAUGGUGUGUCUGACCGACUUUGAGGCCGGAGCGCGGGAACGACUGUCCAGGUCCACCUGGGAUUAUAUUGAAGGGGGAGCUGGUGAAGGCUUCACCCGGGACGACAACAUCGCAGCGUUUAAAAGGCUCCGCCUCCGUCCCCGGUUCCUGAAGGAUGUGUCGCAGGUGGACACCCGGACCACAAUCCAAGGGGAGGAGAUCAGCGCCCCCAUCGGCGUCUCGCCCACGGGUUUCCACUGCCUGGCCUGGCCUGACGGGGAGAUGAGCACAGCCAGAGCUGCCCAAGCGGCCGGCAUCUGCUACAUCACCAGCACCUAUGCCAGCUGUACCCUCGAAGACAUUGUUACUGCUGCCCCCAGAGGCUUCCGGUGGUUCCAGCUCUAUGUGCAGCCAGAUCGGCAGCUGAACAAGCAGCUGAUCCAGAGGGUUGAGUCCUUGGGCUUCAGAGCUCUGGUAAUCACCGUGGACGUGCCCAAAGUUGGCAACAGGCGACAUGACAUUCGAAACCAAUUGAACUUGAAGACUAAUUUACUGCUAAAGGAUCUUCGAUCACCAAAGGAGAGAAAUGCAAUGCCUCAUCUGCAGAUGUCUCCCAUUGACGGGUCCUUCUGCUGGGAAGAUCUCUCCUGGUUCCAGAGCUUAACUCAAUUGCCCAUCAUCCUUAAAGGGAUCUUGACAAAAGAGGAUGCAGAGUUAGCUGUGAAGCACAAAGUCCAUGGCAUCAUUGUUUCUAACCAUGGAGGGAGGCAGCUUGAUGAUGUUCCUGCUUCUGUCGAUGCCUUGCCGGAAGUGGUGGCUGCCGUGAAGGGGAGGCUGGAGGUGUACCUGGACGGAGGGGUCCGCACGGGCAAUGAUGUGCUAAAGGCUCUGGCCCUUGGGGCGAAGUGCGUUUUCCUGGGGAGACCAAUCCUGUGGGGUCUCGCCUGCAAGGGUGAACAUGGUAUUGGGGAAGUUUUGAACAUUUUAAAAGAUGAGUUCCACACUUCCAUGGCCCUUACAGGCUGCCGGUCAGUGGCUGAGAUCAAUCAGGACCUGAUCCAGUUCUCCAGGCUGUAA